AUGAAUACCACUGCAGAAGAUGGCGAACCUACGGAACAUGUGCUGAUCGUGACCCCAUUCAAAGAAUCAGCUCAUUUAAUUGAACGUUAUUUCGACAGCGUCAAUCGACUCACUUAUCCUCAUCGCUUGAUUUCGCUCGGAUUCCUGGUCAGUGAUUCCAAAGACGGUACGGUGGAAAAGCUGCAAGAUCAUGCACGAUACAUCGCAUCACAACAACAGCCCUGGGAAAAAUUCCAUCGGAUCUCUAUUUUUCAGAAAGAUUUUCAUUACGAUUUGGCCACCAACGAAGACAGACAUGCUUUCAAUGUCCAAAUUCAGCGACGACAAAUCAUGGCCAAGAGUCGAAAUAUCUUAUUAAAUUCGGCAUUGACCGAGGAGAUUUCUUGGGUGCUUUGGCUGGAUGGUGAUGUGCUGGAGUAUCCGGCCACCUUAUUGGAAGAACUGAUCGGCAUGGACAAGGAUAUCAUCGUUCCCAACUGUUACUGGCACUCGUACAACGAAGAAGGGGGUUAUGACAAGAAUAACUGGCAAGAAACUCCGGAAAGUUGGGAAUUCCAAAAGACACUGCAACCGGAUGAUGUGCUUGUAGAAGGUUAUCCGGAAUUAAUCACGCAUCGCAAGUUGAUGAUUGAUAUGCGUCAUGAGAACGGGCAAACGGAUUUGUAUUAUGCUGUGCCUUUGGAUGCCGUGGGCGGCACUUGUACCUUGGUCCGAGCUCAAGUGCAUCGGGAUGGAGCGAUAUUCCCAGCAUUCCCAUUUCGUCAUCAAGUGGAAACAGAAGGACUGGCAAAGAUGGCCACUGCCCUUGGUUAUGAGAUUUGGGGGUUACCAAAUUAUCUGGUCUAUCAUUAUAUAUAA